UUUAUGAACGUGCGUAUGAAUGCGUGGCGCUGCGAGGGUGGACGAAGGUGGAGCAUGGACCUCAAGGGGGCACAGGAGGCCUUCCUGGCGGUGCUGCAGCAGCUGCCUCAGCCGGAAACCCGCAAGGCCUUCCUCGCCUGGGUCGACGACACCUGGAUCAGGGGAGAGCCUCCAACCCUGAUGGUGUGCCCGCCCCCCUGCCUGCCGCCCCCCAUGUCCUCGGCCUGCACCUCAGACUACACCAUGGGGGACACCAAGCUGCGCAAGAUUGCCGACGACCUGCGGGAGCUCAUGCCCCUCAACGCCAUCCUCCCCACCGAGCAGAUCACCUUCCCUUCUGUAGGAGAGAAUGCUGAAUGUGACCCGUCUCACACCCUGCAUGUGGACGCCUUCCUGUACGAUGAGGACAUGGUGGACGAGCUGUGCGACACGGGGGAGCUGGCCAGGAACUACUGCGUGGACUGCUCCUCCCACAACACCCAGCCCAUCACCUAUGUCAGCCACUCGGCCUCAAGAGAGAGGUUAGCUUACAUCUUCCGUGCUCUCCUGCCUCCCAUACCAGAAGACACGAUAUUGCUGGAUGUUGGCUCAAGACUCGGAGCAGUGUUGUAUGGGGCCUACAUCUACACCAAAUGCCAAAGGAUAGUUGGGGUGGAAAUCAACCAAGAUUUAUGUCAAGUGCAACAAACGAUUAUCAAUAAGUACCAGUUCCAGGACCGCCUGCAGGUGCUGCCGGGAGACAUCCAGGACCACGGGGAGGUGGUGCGCGUGGCCGACAUCAUCUGCCUAAACAACGUCUUUGAGUUCUUCAUGCCGCCCAACGUGCAGGCUCGCAUCUGGGCCUUCCUCAGGGCCAACAUCAAGAAGGGGGCACUGCUGGUCACCAUACCCUCCCUAGAGGACUCCUUGCAAUACAUUGAUUGUGGGUUCCGGCUGCAGGAGUGGGCCCGGGAAGUCCCGCCCCACAACCCCAACAUCACGGCUCCCUUCGAUUUCCAGAGUGAGACCUCCGAAGUGAAGCUGUACCAGGUUAUCUGAGCUGUCCAAGUGUCUUAAGUGGUGAAGUAAUAUAUUACAUUAAUAUAAAGAGAAUACUUAAUGGAACCUGCACUACUGGGGUCCUGAUCCAGACAUGUCUGGCGAAAGUGUCCGGCAGAGAAGCAACAACAAGCAAGGCCCCGUGUGACCAGCAGUAUUGUGGAAGCAAUGUCAUGGCUCCAGUGACACUCUGUGAGAACUAUAAGACUGUAUCCCUCUUGCCAAAGACUUGAGCAUUUAGGAUGUUCAUUGUUUGUGAUGUCAUCAAAUAGUUAACUAUUUAUGUGUGUGUGUGUACUGUUUUAAGUACAUAUGACCUAUGUAUAUAGUAUGAAGAGUGCCAUUGCCCUGUCUUGUGUCUUGUCAUGCUAAGACAGCUGAAGUUUUAUCCUCAUAUGUAGUGAUUGCUGAGAGACAAUUUGUAUGCAAGAUUGUAUAAGAGAAAAAUACCAUUGUAAAAGAAAACGAAAGAGCUGUUAUUUUUUAUAUACAUUUUAUAUUGUUCUAUUCUUAUAAAAGUUAGAAUUUGUACCUUGAAUACCACUGUGCAGUGUGAUCGAAGUGUAACUUGUGUGUUUUAUGAGUCUAAAGUCAGCCGUUGUCAGCUUUUCAUCGCCAGCCACCAGCGGCCAGUUCUCUCAGUACACGUCAGCCAAGAGCCGUGGCUGCAGGAAGAUGCUCCUCAUUCAAGCAAUCACUCGCCCGCCCGUCAGCAGCCAGUCAGUCAGCCAGCAGCCAGCCGGAGUUUGUGUUCACAUUGCUAUGGCUUCCAUUCUUCUGUGUGCCUUUACUCGGGUGGUGGAUCUCACACAACCAGAAUUUCUUCAUGCUACUUUUCAUACACAUACAUAUAUACAGCUUUGCCUUGCUGUGAACCGACCUGUUGAUUACAAAACAAACUGCUUAACUUCUGCACACCAGCAAACUACUCCUCAGACAGCCGGGCCACCAGGAGGGCAGCAUGGCCUAGUGGUGCUCCAUGGCCUCUACUGUCAACCUCCCUGGGCUGCUUCCUCAUGGAUAAGUAAAUGAAGCCGUUUUCUGGAGGCAACAAAAUUACAGUUGAAUAACAAGAAAAUGGCAUUAUACCCCUGGCUGUACAAGAUGAACGUCCUCAGGAUUUCUUUUUGUAAUGAAAGCACUAGUUGAAAGGUGGGAAUGGGUGUGGUUUCAUUAUUUUGUACUCAAGAACCCACAGUCUGUCCUGUGCCCAUGGUGCAGACUGCCUAGUGCUGCCAGUGUAAUGCCAUGCUUGGUUAUGCUGUUAGAAUCCUUUUAGGUGCACCAAAUGCUUUCUUUGUCCAGGGAGAGGUUCUAGCAAGGUGAUGUUUCAUGUUUUGCCACUUUUUUGCAUUAAAGUAAAACGUUAAUAAACACUAUGCUAUGAAUGUG